AUGGAGGAUUACAAGUUCUUCCAACACUGCGACACAAUCAACUCCCAGCUCCACAUGGCUGCUGCUGCUGCUGCCGGCGGCGAAUCCCUUUCCAGCCUCCAGCCAUCUUUCUCUUCCGAGAGCUACUCAUCUUACUCCGGCGCCACCUUCCAUCACACGACCCCAAACGUUGCCGUUUCCACCAUGGUCCCGGCCGCAACCAGAAGCGGCUCUAAUUCCAUGAACGAAACCUCACAGCAGAGCUACGACCAUCAUCACAGCCGGCCUGCCAAGCAGCAGAAGAGGACCAACAGUUGGAGCUCGAGCGUGACGACCGACCACCAUCACCACAACCACAUCGAUUUCUCUUCCUCCCACACCUCCCAAAUGCUCUCCUUCGACAACAACAACAACAACAACUCUUCCUCCCUCCUGCCUUUCUCCAGAAACAACAACAGUUCAGACCCCACGGUGCAGCCCAAAGACGAGGCUGAUAAUCUCAUGAUCCCGAACAGGAACAGCUACAACAGCAGCGACCCAUUUGAGAACACCGUCUACGCUCCAAAGGGUAUGAUCAAGACUCGGCCUUUCUCGUCCAUGGCGACGACAACUCGAAGCCCUUCCCACGCUCAAGACCACAUCUUGGCCGAGAGAAAGCGCAGGGAGAAGCUCAGCCAGAGGUUCAUUGCUCUCUCUUCCAUCGUUCCUGGCCUCAAGAAGAUGGACAAAGCUUCGGUACUUGGGGAUGCGAUAAAGUACGUGAAGCAUCUCCAGGAAAAGAUCAAACAACUAGAGGAGCAGACCAAGAAGAGGACUGUGGAGUCUGUGGUUCUGGUCAAGAGAUAUCACCUCCCUGCCGCCGACGACGACGAUGAUCACUCUAAUUCUUCUUCUAAUGAUGACGCCGACGACGAUACCAGACGCAGAUCAGUACUGGACAAGGGAUGCUCCGAUUCCACGCUGCCGGAGAUCGAAGCGCGGGCGUCGGAGAGGGACGUGAUGAUCCGCAUCCACUGCGAGAAACAGCCUGGCGUGCUCGCCAAGGUCCUGAGCGAGGUCGAGUCGCUCCGUCUCUCCAUUGUCAAUAGCAGCGUGCUGCCCUUUGGGAACUCCACUCUCGACAUCACCAUCGUCGCUCAGAUGGAUGGUGAGUUCUCCAUGAAAGUGAUUGAGCUGGUGAAGAAUCUGAGGCUGGCGUUUCUCAAGUUCAUGUGACACACACACGUACACACACGCUUUGGAUUCUGCAGAGGAAGGUUGUCGUCCUCCUAUGUUUGUAUGGAUUUGUUGUUCAUGUUUUCAGGAAGAAAUACUUGGACUAACUGGAUCUGUGGAACCAUGUACGUACGCCAAAUCAAUUGUUUUGAACUUGAGAAGGUUCAACCAAUUGGAUUUGGAUCUACGGACGGAUUAGUUUGCUCAAGUAUAUUCCCUUUCCUGUUCUUUAAAUUUUUCUUCCUCGUUUGGGGAGGUAGAACUAGCUAGUGUGGUUACUUCUUGUUGGUCAAACUUUUUUUCCCCAUUGUGUUGGGUCUGGGAGGCGAUUGACUUCCCCUUCAUUAAGUUUGAUAUGACAUUUUUUUUGUCCCCGGCAAAUCCUCAAUGCCUGGGGGUUCAAUUAUGUACUCGUUGGUAAAUGGAUUGCAAUAUGUAAACUGUAAUUUCGUGCUAUACCUCAUUCUAUUGUUGG